GGCUAGGACACCGGUGGAAGAAGAGGCAUGUUACGGAAGAGAAGGACGUUGCUUUGAAAUCAUUCAAAACUUGGGAAUACGUUUAUUUUAUUAUCAGACAAGUUAGAGGGGUUUUAUAUGAGAAGAAAAUGCAUACACUCAGAAAUUAGUUGUGGUUUAAAACGAACUUUAAAACAGUGGCUUGUUCUAAUUUAGUCGGCUACACUUGCUAAUUUACAGUACUUUAAACCAUUAGAUUAGCAUAAAGAUGAGUUCUUCUGGAAAUUUCGUGCACAGAAGAUUGUUGCUUCAACUUGGUAAAUCACUUUAUGUCCACACACCCACUUCUAAACAAAGCAGCCAGAAAAGACUGAUUAGUACCACCAGCAGAUGUAUGAAUAUCAUGCCUGCCUGGGUUAUUGAUAAAUAUGGAAACAAUGACAUUUUGCGGUUCACCAGAAAUGCCAGAUUCCCCAUCAUCAACUAUCCCAAUGAGGUCAUUGUUAAAGUGUUUGCAGCUGGACUAAAUCCGUUUGAUGUCCGCAUGAGAGGUGGCUACGGUGCGGCUACCCUGGCUGUGAAGAGGGACCCUCUGAAUUUCAGACAGGCAGGCAUGGAGUUCCCUCUCAUUCUGGGAAGGGAUGUUUCUGGGGUCAUCAUGGAGUGUGGCCUGGAUGUGAAGUACUUCAGAGAAAGGGAUGAGGUGUGGGCAGCCAUCCCACCGUGGAAACAGGGCAGCUUGGCUGAAUUUGUUGUGCUGAGCGCCAAUGAGAUAUCCCACAAACCAAAGUCACUAAGCCACAUAGAGGCAGCAUCUAUUCCUUACGUGGCAACCACCGCCUGGUCGGCGCUGGUUAACACUGGUGGACUCAAUAAGGAAAAUUCUGCCAACAAACGGAUUUUGAUCCUCGGAGGAUCCGGGGGCGUGGGAACAUUUGCAAUACAGAUGCUGAAGGCAUGGGGAGCCCAUGUGACGGUAACCUGCUCCCAGAAUGCCGAGCGGUUCGUACGGGAACUCGGUGCGGACCAUGUGGUGGACUACACGGCUGGACCUGUUGAAGAGCCGCUCAGCAAACUGGAGAAAUUUGACCUGAUCUUGGAUAAUGUAGGAGGGGACACGGAGCGUUGGGCGCUGGGCCUGCUUAAGCCUUGGAGCGGAGCCAAGUAUGUCACCCUGGUAACACCAUUCCUGCAGAACACGGACAGACUGGGUAUAGCUGAUGGCAUGAUGCAGACUGCAGCUACAGUAGCCACCAAAGCCCUAAAGCAUCUAGUCAAAGGAGUUCACUACCGCUGGGGAUUCUUUGCACCCAGUGGUCCUGCAUUGGAUGAAGUCAGAGACAUGGUGGAUGCAGGACAGAUCCGAGCUGUGGUGGAGGAGACGUUUACCUUUUCACAAGUUCCUCAGGCCUUUGAGAAGGUGGAGAAAGGUCAUGCUCGAGGAAAGACUGUCGUCCAGAUCAGCAAAGGGGGGUCAUGAGAAACAGCAAAGACCUGUGAAGAGCGUGUCCAUUUUUCUACGCAAACUGAUAAAAAAAUGAGCGGAGAACUGCUGGAAAGGUGCACAAACACGCUAUCACUGUU